GGGGAAAUCUGUUCCCUGGGCUCGCGCUCACCUGUGGGACAGUAGUUGCCGCCCGCGGGGAGUCCCCGGACCUCACGGGCUCCCAGUUUUCCAACUCUGAAGUGUUUUUCCAAUCAAAGCAAAGGGAAGAUUUGUGGAUAUUGACUAUGCAAGGAACUGAAGAGCUUGGAAGAGAGGUUUGUCCAGAUCUGAUGAGCAAGUCUGUUCCAGAGCAGGAUGUCUCUGAAAUUGAUUCACCAGGGGUAGUAGCAGACAGGUCACAAGAGGAUACAUACCAGGAUUCUACAUUUGAAGACAACUACGUGUGUGAGAGCAUGAAGGAGAACCCUUCCGCAGCGCUUCCUGGACCAUGCCUUUUCAAAGAUGGAGGUUUUGGGGGAAUAACUUUUAUCCACAGGGAAGCAUCUCCUGAAACGAUUAGCCAAGAAUAUAAUUUUGAGAGAAGCUUGCUUUUGACCUCCAGCUUUGUUACACACCUCAGGGUUUCUACACAAGAGAGCCUACAUCAGUGGGAGACCAGUAGCAUACACACUAAUGAGACUUCGGACCAGAGUAAAUGUCCAACCCUCUCGAUGCAGAAAAAGCCUUGGGAGUGUAAUGAAUGUGGAAAAACUUUUACUCAGAGCUCAUCCCUUACCCAGCAUCAGAGGACUCAUACUGGAAAGAGACCCUAUGCAUGUGAGGAAUGUGGGAAAGCCUUUAGUCGUAGCUCCUUCCUUGUUCAACAUCAACGAAUUCACACUGGAGUAAAACCAUAUGGAUGUGAGCAGUGCGGGAAAACAUUUCGGUGUCGAUCAUUUCUUACUCAGCACCAGAGGAUCCAUACUGGAGAGAAACCUUAUAAAUGUAACAACUGUGGGAAUUCCUUCCGCAAUCAUUCACAUCUCACUGAACAUCAGCGAAUCCACACUGGAGAGAAACCUUACAAAUGUAAUCGAUGUGGGAAGGCAUUCAAUCAGAACACACACCUCAUUCAUCAUCAGAGGAUACACACUGGUGAGAAGCCUUAUUUGUGCAAUGAAUGUGGCUCUUCUUUCCGUAAACACUCAAAUCUUACGCAGCAUCAGAGAAUUCACACUGGAGAAAAACCCCACAAAUGUGAUGAAUGUGGGAAAACUUUCCAAACGAAGGCAAACCUCUCUCAGCAUCAGAGAAUUCAUACUGGAGAGAAACCCUAUAAAUGUAAGGAAUGUGGCAAAGCCUUUUGUCAGAGCCCAUCCUUAAUUAAACACCAGCGAAUUCAUACUGGAGAAAAACCCUAUAAAUGUAAGGAAUGUGGCAAAGCUUUUACUCAGAGCACCCCACUCACUAAACAUCAGAGGAUUCAUACAGGGGAGAGACCCUACAAAUGCAGUGAAUGUGGUAAAGCCUUCAUUCAGAGCAUUUGCCUCAUUCGGCAUCAGAGGAGUCACACUGGAGAAAAACCCUAUAAAUGCAAUGAGUGUGGGAAGGGCUUUAAUCAGAAUACGUGCCUCACUCAGCAUAUGAGAAUUCAUACUGGAGAGAAGCCCUAUAAAUGUAAAGAAUGUGGGAAAGCCUUUGCGCAUAGCUCAUCUCUUACUGAACAUCACAGAACGCACACUGGUGAGAAGCUCUAUAAAUGUAGUGAGUGCGAGAAAACUUUCCGCAAGUAUGCACACCUUAGUGAACAUUACAGAAUCCACACGGGUGAGAAGCCUUAUGAAUGCAUUGAAUGUGGAAAAUUCUUCAGGCAUAGUUCAGUCCUUUUCAGACACCAGAAACUUCACAGUGGUGAAUAACCCCGGCAUUCAGGUUAUCACAGCUUCUCUAGAGAUAGUGCCUAGGAAUCUGGCUGGGGGCAGAGAGGCAGGCACUUUUCCUGGAGGGAGUACUGACUGUUACACUCAGAAGAGUGUUUCCAGUUGUGGAGGCGGGAGCUUGGAGAAUGCACAGCCUGCAGCUGGGCAUCUGGGAAUUCAGGGUAGCGAGGAAGUUCCUGCUUUGCAGAUAAAUCCUUGCUGCUUGCCACUCCUCCUCCUUGUGACUGUCAUACCUCGAGGUGCCAUUUGUCAAGUUAGCACUUGUGUUUCCCUUACUGCACUCCUGCCCCACCUCCCCAGCUUGUGACCCGUGUCCUCUGGCCAGUAGGCUGAGGUGCUUUUCCAAACAUUCAGUGUGAAAGUGGCAAGAGUCCUGAGGUUGUGCUACAUGGCCUCCAGGUGUCUGAGCUGCUCUGGACAUGCCAUCUGUAGAUGUGGUCUCGUGACGGGGAGGCAGAUAUAAGGGAAAACAAUACUUCAAUUCCUUCACUCAACAAAUAAGGGGGUGUGUGGCAAGAACUGGGCUCGUGUCUACAGAUAUGUUAGUGAAGAAGGCUUUUCUCAGGGUGAAGGAGAUCUUUCCUGAGCCUUUCAAGCUGGAAGGUAAUUUACAGCUAACAUGGAAGUAGGAGGUCAGGAGCAACUUCCCUUGAGUGAGGCCAGCUUGGGGAAAGGGAGUCAGGUCUGCUCAGAGGGCCGGGAAGAGGAGGGUCCAACCUCUGUCCCAGAGGAACACCGACUUACCCAGGAGGGAAAUCUGUGUGCUAGGUGCUGAGGGACAACGUCCAAACAACUGUUAAUAGACAUUUAGGCAGGAGAAGCCAUUAGUGAUAAAGACCACCUUUGAGGUUGGCUAGAUUCGGGGCUGCUGGAGCAGUCCUUAAGAGAAUGUUGGUCACUGUGGGGGAGGGCUAGGUUUCAUUUAAUUAUGCCAUUGGUGGCUAUAAUCAGAUUAGUUAGGCUUCCGAUGUUUCCAUUUUUAUUGGUACUAUCUUUAUUCUUGGGUAUUUUACCUUUCCCUUCAGGUUAGGUGGAGUUAGGGAAACACUGUCAAGGGGAAAAUUUGCAAAGUGUUCUAGAGAUAAUUACCUCUUUUUCAACUCCUUGAAUAUUGAGACAGUACAGUUAGCCACUGACUAUGGUGGUAUUUUAUUAUUUUAAGAGAAAAGGCAUGUUUUCCCCCCUUUAUUUCGUUAUUCCUUUUCAUGCUCUUAACUGCUACCCAGAGCUUAAGCUCUGAGAGACGAGGUGAGGAUAGCCUUGACUGGUAUUUGGAAUAGUUCCUAUGCCUGGAAGUUUAUACAGUUUUAAGAAUAAUGACUGUUAAAAACAAAGUUGAUUCUGGAAUGGUUGGUUACUUCAAACACAGUAUUAAUUUUUUUUUCCAGAGCAGCUUUCUUGUAAGUAGUGGUUUGGGCUAAUAAUUACCAUUGAUAGAAACAUGGCAGAAAAUAGCACUCUCUUCCUCCACAGUUGUAAAGAUUAUAUUUUCAAAACCUGCCACAGGGCAGUUAGUAAUUGAGUAAAUCAAUACUUUAUGGACAAAAAUAACCCUGUUAAAACUUUACAUUUAUGAAAAAUUAUUAUUGAAAGGAACUAUUGAUGUAUUUGUACUUUCUAAAUGAAAAUAACAUAUAGAAUUCAUUACUGGCACCUAGUAAAUGUUCAAUAAAUAUUUGUUGAAUUAAUAUAUUUUAAUCAACCUUUGCCCAUCAGAAGCUUUAGCAACUUCUUGGGUUAUGCAGGUGUUUAGAGUAUUAUUUAUACACUACUAUCGUUAGAGUCUUGAGUUGAGAUUAGAGAGAUUCGGAAGAGUUUAUUAUUAUUAUUUUUUUACAUUUUAUUUAUUUUUGAGACACAGAGAGACA